AUGGACUCCGUCCCAGAGUGGUUUCAUGAGAAGAUGAUACUGACAGAGCCUUCGAUCAUGUUUAGCUUCAGCUACCCAAACGGUGAACCUCAGACCCCGACGAGGACUCCUACAACUACAGUGUUCGGCGAUUCCGCUUUUCAGACCCCCAAGCUCGAAUCUAGUUUUUUCGACCCUCGAGUUACCUGGGAUACAUCAGAUCCUUAUGCGUCAAGUCCAGAGUUCCUUCGAACACCCCAGCGAUUCGGCUUGAGCACGCCUUCAAACCCCCUACGACUGCCAGAGUCGGUCCCCGGUCGAACUGGAGGGGUGGAUGCUUUGCAGGGCUUGGAACAGGAGACUGACACGGCCAAAAGGAUACGUUCCUCAAAACCUAAUGGUGGCUCAGCCGAGGACGGUCCUCGGACCGUAGACUCUGCAAAGUCUGCUGCAUCAAUGCAAACUCCACCUCCAAGCAGUGCAUCGAGGAGGAAAAUAACCGGGUUGGACAAUGUCAUCGACACAAACAGGAAGCACACUCCGCAUGGUGGUCAUCUUGAGACCCCUAGCCGCUUGCUAGGUGCUUCACCCAGGUUUUUUGCGGGUCUCCAGUCCUCUCCAGACCCUUUCGACCUGGCUGCGAUUGAUCCGUCCGCCUCGCCUUUCUUUCCUCAGCAGAGGUUGUUUUGGGACAAUGAUAUCGAGCAGCAGGGAGGAAGCCUGAGCUUGUCUGGGAACAGCAUCAACCCCUUCGACUCGAGUGCUCCAACUUCUACCAACCAGAACCAUAAUCAAGCGUUGCAGGACGCUCGAAUCCCGCAAUUACCAGCUAUCGACGCCACCCUUGACCUUCCCGAAGUUCACGGUCCCACGUAUAGUCUCUCUGCUGCUCCUUCCGAUGCAGCCCUGUUCCCUGCUCCUUUCUCCACUUCCCCCCGUCUUCCUAUAGCCAAGGCAGAAGAUCCGGCUUUGUUUCUCUCUUCACCAGCCCGCCGUUUCGGUGGCCCCCAGCUGAGUCCAGAUAAGAGACUCUUUUCUAAGCCACCCAGACAACCAUAUCACCACCAGACUGAGGAAUUCAAGCGAGAAGAGCUUCGCCGUGCGCAGAGCAUUAACCAUUCCCUCUCUGGCUUCGAUGAGGAGGAGGACGAUGAUGAUUUUACUCCUCGUAGAUCCCGGCCGGGGCUCACUCGCAGUGUGACCCAUACUGUUAUAAAUGCUCCCCCUCAGCGUUCCGCAUCGGGACAAUCUACGUCUGGGAUGAUGGCUUCCAGCAGUGGCAUUCGCAAAAGCCCGUCCAAGGGACGGUCCUCCCCCAUCAAACCCCUCCGCCAACAACUCACCAGAGCGAAUACGGUUGCUUCUGGGAUUCCCACUCGCUCUCAGUCGGUCAUUUUGAAAAUAGGCAAGGAUGGUAGAGCAAAGACCGAGAUGCAGACUGUUGCUGAAGCAUCCACUGGCCUGACGGACCCUGUGAAUGGAAUGGAGAUUGACCGAUUCGCAACUGAGAAUGAAUUCGACUCUGCCGAUCUUUCGGAGUACCCAAUUGUUCCUACCCGCAACUCGUCCUUCGCAUUUUCGGACGUCGGCGAACCUACUGUGGCCCACAGUGACGCCGGCUCCCGGCCCCAUUCGAAAGGUUCCUAUACCUCCACUGCUGCAUCAUCCCAGUCUGGCAGGGCGUCACCCUGGGCUAGUGCAUCUCGGGGCCCUGCAAGACGACCCGUGUACCGAGCAGCUGCGGAUGAGUGGAAUAGGACGACUCCCAAGCGGCAGUCGAUGUUGAUAAACUCGGAUCUGACAUACCCUAGCGUUGGGACCCCCUCGGAACUCCUUCCUGAGAAUGAAGAUGAUUCUGGCGAUGCCCAGCACGCACUUCGAAAAGUUCUUGAGGGGAGAGGACGUCUUCCACGGUCCCAAACAAUCGGCUAUGGGUCACGGUCAAAUAGAUCCUCACUUUCCUUUGCACAUCUACGGUCGUCUCCCCCACGCUUCGGUGCGGACCUGAAUUCUCGGCCACCUAACACUUCCCCAACCACCAUGACAGACCCUGACCUCGCGACUCCGACCACUGAACGCUACAGCAACCCAAGCAAUGGCACCAGAUGUGUUUGCCAGUCCAUGGACAAUGGUGGCCAUCUCAUGAUCCAAUGGUAA